AGAAAGCCUAGUGUGUACACCGUUGUGAAUGAUUGUAUUUUAAAUAAAAUUCAGUGCAUAACACGAGCAAAAUAAAGCCAAUGUCAUUAAUUAAAAAGACAAGAAAUGAUGCAGUUAAAGCUGCCGUUACAUCCUAUUUAGAACGUCGCAAUUAUCCUGACAUAGAUAUAUUCAGUAAUAAUAACAACCUGAAUCGAAGCGCUGAACAGAUGGCCGUGGAGACCAUAGUUCAAUGUGAGGCGAGUCGCGCAAAUUCUAUACUUUUCUCUUGCAUUAACAAUGAUCCGGGUCAUUACGAUGUGCAGUACUCGAGAUUAGUCAACUUCAUGAAGGAAAUCAAGAGUGAAAAAAUCAGAAAUGAACUAUUUGUUAUUUUGAGUCCCUUAUUAUGUCACUUAUACCUUGAAAUGUUGAGAGGUGGUCAUGGUGGUGCUGCACAGAUGUUCUUAAAGCGACAUUCAGCUACUUUACCACAGAAAGACUUGUCAUACCACCAGCCAAUAGACGGAAACCUCCCAUCAGCAUUAUACAGACCCAACAGUCUUGAACAGUUAUUUAACUCACUGCAAAAUGGCACUAUAGACAAUGAGACACCAGAAAAAGAUUAUAUGAACCAAAUACUGGAUGAUAUUGGAUCAAUAUAUACUCUGCAGGAGGUUGAGGCACGACCUUCCAUUGCUGCAUUUAGGUGA